ACUCUCACCUUGUAAUCAGAGGGGCGUGUGUUCGAAUCCUACCGCAACCUACAUCCAAUGGCAAGGCAUCAAUCCACUCAUUCAAUGAACAAGACACGCUAGCCAGUGCGUGCAGUCAUGGGGCCAUGCUGGCUUGACACCUUCCAGAGUCUCCUCCCUUCGGGAUGGCAUUACAUCAUGUCCGGACUGAGUGACCUUCUCUUGACCACCGAUGACCUCCAGUCCUUCGCCUUGGCCAUCUUCAUCCUGGGUCUGCUCUCCUUCACGGUGGGCUGCCUGGUUUGGGGGCUGCUCCGCAAAGGGGUGCCAGCCAAGAGGGGAACAGAGCGGCAUGGUGGGACCAAGAGGAGGUGUGGUGCCAGGGGAGAUGAGGUUGCGUUUGCCGCAACGGGUGUAACGGCAGGCCAUACAAAGAGAUGGAUUACACACCGCAAACAUGAGCGCUUCUUAUCUAACAUGAGGAGGGACAGUCCCCGGCGCUCCGGUGGUGAGGUCAUCAUAUCUUGUAGGGAAAUCCCCAGGUCACAACCCUCCCUUUCCUGCAGGAGCUGCAGGCUUUUGCCAGCGAAGAGGAAGUGCCGGUAUAAGCAGUGUGGGGCCUGUUGCCGAGCUAACAAAUUAUCGAUCUGUUCAGCCCAUGGGACAGGGGAUGUCAAAGCCAAGGGUAUGGUGAAGACUGCGUGUGGUGAAAAACCUGUAGAACUAGAUAUCAGUUACAUGAAUUUGAAAUACUGCCCUCAGCUGAUCGGGUAUGUUGGUCGUCAAUUGACUGUACUGAAUUUGUCUAACAAUCGCCUUGUCUCAUUGCCGGAAGAGAUCGGUCUGCUGGGCGGAUUAGAGCAACUCUUUCUGCAAUACAACUGCCUUGAAAAGCUGCCAAAAUGUAUCGGUAACUUCAGUCGUCUCCAGGAGCUUGACUGCAAGAACAACCACCUCCAAUCCCUGCCAACCACCCUGGGACGGCUCUCAGUCCUGGUCAUUCUCAAUGUGACCAACAACCUGAUGACCGAACUGACCAGUAGCAUCGGUCAGUUGACUCACCUGGAGGAGCUCUGUGCCCAUUCCAACCAGCUUACCGCACUCCCGGAUGAACUCUGCAACCUGGUCAAUCUGACCGCUCUCUAUGUUGGAGAGAACCGUUUGCAUAGUUUACCCUCUUCCUUUGGGAGGCUUGUACGCCUGACUGAAUUAGAUGUGUCAUCCUGUGAACUAACCCACCUCCCUGCCUCUCUAUCAAGGUGUACAUCGCUCAACAAAGUCUGGCUUUCAAAUAACAGGUUGACAUCCUUACCAGAUCAGAUAGGACGUCUUCACCUUCUCAAGGAACUGCAUGUCAGGAACAACCCUCUGGAGUACUUCCCUGCAUCUCUCUCAUACCUUCAACUUUAUACAUUCAGUGUAAAUCAUGACAAGCUUAUAGGUGAGUGGGACCAGCCUUCUCGAAAUAAGAUGACAUUCCGUCCUGAGACCAGUGUACCACCCUUACAGGAGCUAGCAGCUCGAUGUAUAUCAAGCAAUGGGCUCAACUGGAACGAGGGAGAUCUACCCGCAAAUCUAUGUGAAAUGCUGCGGAAUGUCCGACAGUGCUCUUGUUGCGAGGGCCCCUUCUUCACGUACUACAGCUCUGAGCUGGUCUUUGCCAACAUCGGUAUCUUUCAUCGUGUGCCACUAUACCAGCAGAUCUGCUCCCCGUACUACAACAUCCGCUGCCAGCCGGUUACCUGGAAUGACCACCAGGUCAACGACUGAUGAUCAUCAUCAAAAUUGAUUAUGAUAAUAGGCAUCUAUCAAGAUAUGAUACAUGUAUAUUCCAAGGCGCACUAUUAUUCUUACCCGGCUUUAGCUCGAGCUUUCAUUUUCAGCACUCGGUGCAUUCAAGGAAUUAAUCCGGCUGGGUACCUAUUUACCACACCUGGGUUAAGAGCAGCACAAUGUGGGUAAAUUUUUGACUGAUAGUGAUUGCUCUGGUUUGCACAGAGAUGUUUAUCCACUAUGGCCGUGGUGAACAGCGAGAUUGGGAAAAUAAAUCUGAUUCUUGUGGAUGGAUAGGAGGUGUUGCAGGGCCCACGAUCAUGGAGUAUUUCAAUUUCAGAUUUCUAUUUUGAACAAUGAAAUAUGGAUUUUCAUUUUCAUUUGGUGGCAAGGGUAUAAUCCUGCUAACCCAUUGCCUAACACAAAAUGUCUGAUCCCUAUCCUAAGAUCCCCAGACCGAUUAAAGCUAUGUUAUUUCCAAUAAUAUAGUAUCAGUCGAUUUAGAGUUGGUUUCAUUGGUGUGACUCAUGAACAUAUAUUAAAUUAUUUGAUCUCAUUCAAUGUCUUUUUCAUUUCUUGUGUAUUGAUUCACUACUUUACAAUGUAAUUGACUCAGUUUGUGCAAUGCUAAUGUCUGUGAACAACUCAUAUCCCCCCCCUCUCUCUCUCUCUCUCUCUCUUAUUCUUAGGGUGAGAUGAAUAUAGGGAUGAAGCUUUUUAUAUUCUGCUAUGUGGAAGCGAUUGCAAAUCAGUAUGCAAUAUUUAAUGCCUUUAGUAGCAAAGCCAAGUUAUUCUGUUGCAAGUUUAAAUGUUGCUGGUACCUUGUUUCAAGUAGUAUUGUUAUGUCAUUGAUUAACAAUUGGUGUUUUAAUCAGAAAUGAUUAGUGUUGACUGGAAUUUUUUCCUCUGAUUUUGCUGAUGUGGGAAGUGUUCUAUAAAGUGUGUUGUUUUUCAUGAUUGUACGACUAGAGUAACACCAAACUAUGCAGUAGUUAGAAAUUAUAAUUUCCAGUAUUCAUAUGUGAUAUUUCGAUGUUUUUGUAUACACUGCUCUGAGCUAUUUAUCUUGACGUAAAAUCCUUGAUUUUCUAUUCAGAAUGAUCUUUUUUCUUUGUUAUUGCCUGAGAGUCCUUAAUUAUCUACGUUUUGAAAUAGUUUUCAUCUUUUCAUCUUACAUGCGUACAAGAUGAAAGCUAGCUGGCCACGCAUUAUUAGGUAUUGAUUAUCAUUAGGCUGUGUUGAUUUUGGUUUUAGACAGCUCUGUUUGGAUCGUUUAAUGCUGGCAUUAAAAAAAUAUGUGUGCACACAUUAAUGGUUUCGUUUUAAGUAAGAUUUUUUUCUUGUGCAACGAGUGAAUAUAACUUAAAGUGUUCUGUGCAUAUAGGCAUGUAGGUUGUUAUAUGCUUUUCAUAUUCCGUUUGAAACUGACUUAAAGUACUGAAGUGUGAUAUUGCAGUCAUUCAUUGCCAUGGCAACUGCUUCUGAAUGUUUUCAGUCUCAAAUGUCUGUGAUGACAGGAGGUGCUAAUAAUGCAAGUUCCUAAUUCCAACUUGCUGAUUAAUGCCUUGCACAGGGAUUUCUUGCUUGGGGGCUGUCAAACCCGGGGCCUGUUUUCUAAAAGUUGUCAUAAUAAUAAAUUAACAAUAACAGUUAAAAGCUACUGAAAUUAUGCAAUUUGAUUGGCUGAUUGGAAACUUGCUAUGAAAAUUCUGCAUUUGUUAGUAUAAUAGGUUUUUAUGAAACGGCACCCUGUGUGGUGUUUCACAAAUAUUUUUAAGUUUGACUAAAAAUGGCACAUAAAAUUUCAGUUUUGCAUGGUACGAGGCAUCACCGCAUUUAGUCAGAUCAUGCGCAGAAGAUGCAACCUACUGUGUAGUCCUCAAUAAAUGUUACACUUAGGAUACCAUGUGCACAUUGGUGUUUUAAUAAGCAUGACUCUAAUAGGGUGUUGCUAGGAACUUGCAAUUGAUUUCAAGUCAAUUUCAGGUCCUAAAAUCGAUUGAAAGUCAUGCAUUUCAUUGCAAAUUUGCAACUGAUUGAAGGUCUGCUCCUUACAUCAACAAAUUUAAAUUGAUUUGCUUUAGUUGGAAGUAAUCUAUCACUUGUAAAUUUGCAUCUGAGCUUUGCAAUUGAUUGAUGGUCUCCUUGCAUCAAGGAAUGUAAACUGAUCUGCUUUGGUUGAAAUUGACCUAUUAAUUGUCAAUUUGAAUCUGAGCUUCUAAAUUGAUUGCAAUUUAUUUCUUGCAAAACCCUCUAGUUCACGCUCAACUAAUUGUGAAACACAUCUAGGUGUGACAGUCCCGUAAGACCAUGACAUCAUCACUUUGGUCCUCUAUAUAGUCAAUACUAUUUGCAAUUCUACUACAAUGGUAAUCAUGGUAUACUAUGUGCAAUUAUGAUGAUAUAUCUUUAUUUUCAAGCAAAUCAUCUUUUUUAUGUGUAAUGUAUUUUGAUUGUACUGUAAUUCUUUGAAAUUUUGGAAUCUUGUCUGAUUUCUGCUUUUGUGUCAAUUUUUGAAUUUUAUUGUUUUGAAUACUUGAAAGAGUUACAUGUAAAUUGUAUUUUUGAAAUCAGGGCACUAUAAAUCUGUUUUAUUGCCAAACUGAAAGAAUAGUAAGAAUAUUCAUUAUACAGCACUGAAAUAUAUGACAUCGAAGGGAAUCAGUCAACAAAUACUUUCCAUAUGUAUUUAUUAUAUGUUGCAAUGGUCUUUUUUUUCAAAUAGACCCAUUGUAAAUGAUGAUAUUAACAUGUAGUGAAAUGAAAGUAUGUAUACAAACUUACAAAUCCUGUAUUCCUCUCAAACAGGAAAUUAUUUUUAAAGUAUGUUUCAUUUCUAUGAUUGUUCACAGGCUAACUGAAAACACUGUUUUUGGAUGUUUUUGGAUGAGUUUUCAAUGGAUAAAUCAAUUUAAUCAGUAAAUGCAAUCAAUAUACAUUGUACUGUUAAGCACACAUUUUGACACUUUUAACUUUAUUAAAAAUGUUUACUCAUUAACAUCUCAAUUUUAUUUGACUUUAUGCAACAUUGGUUGUGUAUAUCUACUGUAGUUUAUUUCAUAGCAAAUACUGAUGUGUUUAAUUAUUUUGCUCACCUCAUAGGCACUGAUUUUAUGUAUAUUUUCAGAAUGCAUUUGGUUUAAGCAACAUGUUUCCACAUUCCUAUGUGAACUAGAUAAAAAGAGCUAGUUUAGUCCAGUUGCAAAAUCAUUUGAUGUCAAAACUUUGAUUCAUUUGGCAAUAAAGAUUGCUACAUCCAAAACUACUACAUACAAAUUGCUACAUAAUGGUGAACAUAUAUAUAAAUUCCUCAAAAAAAAGUUUGGAAAUCUGAUUUUGAUUGAUAAUCCCUCCUCAGUUUUAGUAAAUAUCAGUAUGUAGUAAAUACCAAUGAAUAGAUCAUUUAAUUAUCUUUAAAAUGAUACCCUACAUGAUAUGAUUAUGGUUCACAUGGAAAUGCAGUGCCUUGAAAUGAAGGGCAAGGUCAAAAUUCACAAGUUGCAAAAUGACACAUUGAAAGUCGCUGUUCUUUUUUCCGUGGUGAUGAGUGAGUUUCUCAGCGGUUUUUUUAAUUGUUUUCAUGCACCUUAACAUCAACAUUAACAUGGAAUCAAACACAUCUCUGCACAAGCAAACACAUAACAAACAAACAAACAUGCAUGGGUAUUUCAAUCCACGACUCGAACCAUGUUAUCUCACAGAACCAUCACUCCAUAAACCACAACAAAACAUAAAAAAUGAAGAAGCAGUGGCUUGAUUUGAAUGGACUUUCAUCUCUAUUGACACAGACAAAGAAUCAUGUUCUGUAUUGACCCUUCAUGACUAUUUCUGCUCGUUUUGCAGCUUUUCAAUUCAGACCUCAUCCAACACUUUUGAAUCCUGCUCUUUUCGUGAUGGCAUGAUCAUAACAAGCAUGGUAUCAUUUUAAAGAGAAUUAAAUGAUCUUUUGAAUGAUAUCAAAUAUGCAUUGUGUAAAAUUGGGAGUUGGAAGAAAUUAAUGGCCAAACUCAGAUUUCCAAACUUUUUUGAGCGGUUUAUAUAUAACUAGAUGUGAUAGCUCAUUUGAUACAACAAUGACCCCAUGAGCCAGCCCUCUUGGAUUGAAAGGAAUACAAUGUGCCAGUGACUGGUGGAGUAUUAGAAUUUUCCUUUGGAGAGGAUGUAAAGCAGUUUGUCUUAUGGCUCCUAAAUAGCCAGCAUUAUCUGUGCAGGCAGGGCAACAUGUCACACCCUUAUUCCCCCCCCCCCACACACACACACCCACACACACACACACACAUACACACAUCCCAUUACAACCUAUACAAAAAAAAUAUUGGAUUUUAGUUCAUUUACAAUUCUGAUGUAAAUGAUGUAACUCUUGUAUAUUUUCUUUACUUCUUUGAAAGUCUAACAAUUGAUAUAAGCCGGAUUAUCUUAAUUUUAGUGACUCUAGAAAGUGUGAUACCUAGUGCAGGGCUUGACCCGGUUGGGCUACCAAAGUUUUCAUAAAUUGGAAUAUGUUAUAUUUUAGGGCCACCAAAUUUGCAUUGCAGGCCACCAAGAAAAAAAGCUAGUGUAUAGAGCCUUGCCUAGUGCUAUAUACAUUAUCGUCUCUCAAGACGAUUCGAUGUCGACGACUAUCUCUUCUCAUAUUUUGAGAAAUCACAUUUAAAAAAAUUGACAUCUUGCGUAUCUACUUACAUAGUUAUAAUCAGUGCUAAGGUGCAAAUGUGAAAUCGAAAAUUGUGAUUUUGUAUGCCCUCUUUGGGUUUUUUGUAAUAUUGCAGUUAUUUAUUGAAAAUGAGUGUUAUUGAAUGGUGCAAUAUUUGUAACAGCUGUUUUUGUGUACUUAAUUAAAAUAUUUGAAAACAUAAA